UCCCUGUGAAGCGCUGUUUUUUGUCGUCAUCCAGCGCGACUGGAACUGGAAAAAGAUGUCGCCGCCGUUGUUUAGCCUCACCGAGGCUAGGAGUAAAUUAACGAAUGCCACCAGAGAAGCUGUGAUCGGCAAGAACAUCAAACAUCUAGUGAAUGUAUUUAGCCAGCUACCGGGAAGUGAAAAUGAGAAGAAACUCACGCUAGACCAAGUUUUCCGAGCCGUUCUGGAGGAGGAAAUAAUAAACCAAGCAUCGUGUGACAACUGCCUUGCCAUAAUCUCACUUGCCAUAUGUGGAGUUACUGAAGGUGGAAUCUGCACAGCUACCACGCCGUUCGUGCUGCUGGGAGAUGUUCUGGACUGUCUUCCAUUGGAUCACUGUGAUCGAAUUUUUACGUUUGUUGAAAAAAAUGUCAGCACAUGGAAAUCUAAUACAUUUUAUUCAGCUGGGAAAAACUACUUGCUAAGGAUGUGUAAUGAUCUUUUGCGAAGACUUUCAAAAUCCCAAAACACUGUGUUCUGCGGAAGGAUCCAACUGUUUCUGGCACGUUUAUUUCCUAUUUCUGAAAAGUCUGGUUUGAAUUUGCAGAGCCAGUUUAAUUUGGAGAAUGUCACAGUCUAUAAUGUCAAUGAGCAAGAGAGUACAUUGGGACAGAAGCAGGUGGAAGACAAAGAUGAUGGAAUGGAGAUUGAAGAAGGGGAAAUGGGAGAUGAUGAUGCUUCUACCAGCUCGUCAAUACCUAUUGAUUACAACCUGUACAGGAAAUUUUGGUCUCUUCAGGACUUCUUUAGGAAUCCUGUGCAGUGCUAUGACAAGAGUUUUUGGAAAACCUUCCUUAAGUUUUCAGAGGAAGUUCUUACCAUAUUUAAAAGCUACAAGUUAGAUGAUACACAAGCAUCACGGAAAAAAACUGAGGAGCUGAAAGUAGAAGGAGAACAUGUGUACUUUGCAAAGUUCCUGACAAGUGAAAAGCUAAUGGAUCUGCAGUUGAGUGACAGUAAUUUCCGGCGCCACAUCUUAUUACAAUACCUUAUCCUGUUCCAGUACCUGAAGGGCCAAGUAAAGUUUAAAAGCUCCAAUUAUGUGCUAUUGGAUGAACAGUCAAUCUGGAUUGAGGAUACCACCAAAAUUGUCUAUCAGCUGCUUUCUGAAAUCCCUCCUGAUGGAGAUAAGUUUUCAAAAAUGGUGGAGCACAUACUUAACACAGAAGAAAACUGGAACUCAUGGAAAAAUGAAGGGUGUCCAAGUUUCGUAAAGGAAAGACCAGUAGACGCUAAGCCAAUCAAAAUGACACGAAAACGACCUGCUCCUGAGGAUUUCCUUGGAAAAGGCCCAAAUAAAAAGGUUUUAAUGGGAAAUGAAGAGUUAACCAGACUUUGGAAUCUUUGCCCUGACAACAUGGAAGCUUGCAAGCUCGAGAGCAGAGAAUUUAUGCCUACUUUGGAACAGUUCUUUGAAGAGGCUAUUGAACAGGCCGAUCCUGAGAACAUGGUUGAAAAAGAGUAUAAAGUAGUGAAUAACUCCAAUUACGGAUGGAGAGCCCUACGAUUGCUGGCACGUAGAAGUCCUCACUUCUUCCUACCGACAAACCAGCAGUUCAAGAGCUUACCUGAAUACCUGGAAAACAUGGUUAUCAAAUUAGCUAAAGAAUUACCUCCACCGUCCGAAGAAAUAAAAACUGGUGAAGACGAGGAGGAUGAGGAUGAUGAAGAUAACGAAUCAUUGUUGAAGGAAAACAAUGAGAGUCCAGAAAUGCUGCAGCAGAAGGUUGUGACUGGUGCGAUGAUAGAGUCAUUUGCCAAUAAGCUGGGUGAGCACUGGAAGACUCUGGCCCCUUAUUUAGAGAUGAAAGAUGUGGACAUUAAAGAGAUAGAAUCUGACAGCGAGGAUGUAAAGAUGAGGGCCAAGCUGCUGCUUGUCGCCUGGCAAGACCGGGAAGGAGUCCAGGCAACACCUGAGAAUCUUAUAACUGCUCUGAACAAUGCACAGUUAACCGAGCUGGCCGAAACCCUCACCAAUGACACAGAAAACUGCACUUAAAGUUUUCCAGCAACUAUAAUACUCAGUAAGAAUGCAGAGUUUAGCCAGCACCUUCAUUGCUGCUGCCUUUGCCAUGCAACAUUGCAUCAUACAGGAUUUUUUUAUUGUUUCAGGCAGUACCGGGGGUUUUGUAGGCCAAGAACUAUUUAUCUAUUUUGAGAUGAAAUAAAAUACAUUCCUGUUUCUUUGUGUU